CCAUCGCAAAGUGCAGAAGACAUGGACGAAAAAUCUCGUCAAGUUCGCCACCAGCUCUUUCAGUUCUAUCUGAAAGAGUGCCGGCCCCCGACCGUCAUGGAAUUGGCCACCCUCUGCAGUCUGAGCACGACAGAGAUCCAACACAAUCUCGACCAACUGGAGGAUCUUCAUCACAUUGCCCAAUACAAGCAUGAUGGACGCUCUCCGACCCCAAUCGCCAUGGCCCAUCCAUUUUCCCAUCUCCCAACGACCUUUGUAGUGACCCAAGGUCCCCGACGCUGGUGGGCCAACUGCAUCUGGUGUGCCCUCGGACUAGCCGCGAUGCUAUCACCCCUCGAAACCACCAUCAUGACUCGAUCAGGCUCCAUCGGCCAGGAACUACAACUCACUAUCAAGAACGAUAACAUGACCUGCACCGGUCACAAAGAUGAACAACUAAAUCCGCAUGAUUGCCACGCUCACUUCUCUAUCCCGCCUGGCAAGUGGUGGAAGGAUGUGCGGUUCGCGUGUGGUACUAUUCAGAUAUUCGCAACUAAGGAAGAGGCUUUGGAGUGGCCUCGGAAAUAUGGGUUUUAUUCUGGGGAGAUCAUGACGCUGGAGACACUGUGGGCCUUGUCUAAGGCGUGGUAUCAUGAUAAGCAUACGUAUGAGUAUGGCAGGAAGACGGAGGAGGAGGUGGAAGGGUUGUUUAAUGAGUUAGGGAUGACUUCGGAGUUUUGGAAGACGAGAUAGGAGGUUUGGUGCGGUGUAGACAUUCCAAGCAUUUCAUGACUUACCAAGUCGAAUAAAAACCAUAGUAGCUAGGUGCUAGCUUGUGCUUGUAUGUC